CCAUUGUCUGAAAAUCGUUCGUACAGCGUUCAUAUAGCACUUCGUAAUGGCAUUUGUGACCAAGGCUUUAGGUUGUCGUCAUCAUUGUUGCUGUUUCCCAUACACAUUGACUGACCAUUGUUCUCUCUCUUUUCAUUUCAAUUUACAGUUUUAACGCCCUCCCAUUGAGGGAGCGGUAACAAAAGUGUACAACAAAUAUACCGGGCUGCAUAUACUGUUUCGACGUACAUCUUGAUUAUUUUCGAAACGGACGUCUUUAAGCUUUAGUGGACGAUGUGGGAUUUAAAACGAUUCUUUUCGCUGUGGCGGAUGGCGUUCGCGUUCCACGUCUGCUUUGCAUUGUCCCGUGGUAUACCGAAGUCCUUGCCGGUGAUCAUCGACGAUAUCGCAGAAGACCUUCAAACGACCACGGCUGUAGUCGGGAUGAUGUUUGCAACAUUUUUAGUUUCUUAUGGUAUUUCAGGUCCUCUGGUAUCAUACGCCCUCAACUUUGUAGGAUGUCGUACAGUGAUGAUGACAAGCGGUGUUCUCAUAUCUUCAGGGAUAUUCCUCACGGCGUUCGCACGACAUAUUGCCUUCGUUUGGGUUGGAUACAGUUUGCUUGGAGGGAUCGGAGCGAGUGCCAUCUACACAGCAUCUGCAGCUACCAUUCGACAGCACUACUCUGACCGCCACUACGCCCUAGCUAAUGGAGCUGCAACAACUGGCAUCCAUAUCUCGGUGUUUGUCUUAUCUCCAGUACUCCGAGCCCUUGCUUUUGCCUACGGAUGGAGAGGGGCUUUGGUCAUUGGCUCGGGCAUAACGCUCAACAGUAUCGUCAUUGGCGCACUCAUGAAACCCGAGGUCGUCAGAAAGCGAGGGCCCGUGGUCGGUGAUGAGGGCGAAAUAGGCAACGUCAAUGACCACGACGACGAUAAAGGUGAUGUUGACAACGGGACUAAUGAGCUUCUGCUUCGACCAUCCCCGUCUGACCAUCAAACUACUGCUACCGUUCUGGAGUCUUCAGAAUCACAUGACCAAGGAAGUUCUGCAGGAGUUUGCAAAGACUGUAGUGGAUCGCUGAAGAACCAAAGUUGUUAUCCGAGAGCACCUAUGGGCAUUACAGUCCCAUGUGAUGAUCAAGAGCAACAUGGUGAUUUGGAUGAAGAUAUCGACGAUAAUAAGAAUGAGAUUCAAAUUCUUGCGGAUUUUGAUAUGGAUGGCGACAUCCAUUCGGGAGUCUCUAUCACGGAUGACAAAGAAGGUCCUCAAUCAACAUUCUCUGGAAUAGACCAUGUUUCUAACUGUAGUCCAUCUAGUGUGAAUGAUAUGCGAAAGGGUGACAAAUAUCAUAGUCUCGAGAGUGCAAAUGUUGUUAAAUCUACUUUUAGAAUAUCCAGUCUUUUCAAGUUUAGCGCUAAACCCCUCACGAGGACAACCAAAAUUUGUCAUGUGGCACUCCUUAUCGCUGCAUUUUUCCUGGCAGCAGCUUACGUGACUGUUAACAUUUUCAUCGCCUCGGCUGGGACUCAUGUAGGACUCUCUUCCAUGCAAGCAGCCACACUUCUCUCCGUCUUCGGGGGUUCUCAGGCUGUUGGUAGUUUCUUCAAUGGCAUUAUUGUGAAGAAGGGUUAUGUGAAAGCCGCGCAUCUCUACAUAGGCGCGCAGAUACUGAUGGCAUCAGCCUUUUUGGUCCUCGGACUUCUGAUGAGGGUUUACGUGGUCGCCAUCUUGGCAUCAUUAGCAUUCGGAGUGUCCGCUGGGGCUAUCAUCUCACUCGACAUCGUCAUGCAGAGGGUGGUCGAUGACAGUGCGACGUCGAUCUCGUUAGGAUGGCUACUAUUCUUCGAGACUUUCGGUGGCCUCUUCGGCAACUUAGUAUUAGGUUGCCUGAAGGACUUGACUGGUAGCUUUGUGCUCAUGUUCGUUCUGGCUGCAGUCUUCACAUCACUCUCUGUUGCCCUCACCGUUAUCAUCCUUAUACUCAAGAAGCGGGAGAUGAUGUUCUUGAAAAGGAACAUAAAAUCCAACGAAGCAAUCUAGACUUCCUGGCUGAUUCCGCCUUUAAAGAAAAUGAACCUUACUAUUUUGCAGCGUAUUAGGCCUAUCAGAUGACACAACCUAUUAACAAUGUUAGAACAAUUAAAAGUGGAACUUAAGGCUUAACCCCGGGCUAACACCCCCCCCCCCCCCUUAGCCCCACCUAUGGUCCGGGGCUAAGCAAAAUUUUACCAGUGUGAAAAGCAUAAGAAUAAGUGUACCAACUCUAGAAGUAGGACUAAUGUAGCACAGACUCAUGAUGUUUUAUAAAGUUAUCAACAAUUAUUUAGUAAAUCUCUGUAAAAGAAUUACGCCAGCAAAUAGAAUAUGCAGAAGUUACCAUUAAAUAAGAAGAUGUUUCUGCCUCUUGCAAAAGGUUGACUACAACAACUCAUUUUAUGUGAGAACUGCCAACGAAUGGAAUAUGCUCCCAUGCGAUGUAAUAAAUAACCCAACUCUCUCAGCUUACAAAACCUCACUAAAGAUCUAUCUUCAUAAUUUUAUAAGGAUUUAUAUACCCUCUUUAGAAAUCUAGCCAUCUGAUUGGUCGAACUUGCAGUCGUGAUUUUGGAUAUUCCCGCAAAGAGACGAACACAUAGUCAAUAGUUCAUGAGUGAUAUCCGUUGCCCCGGGUAGCAGGCCGCAAUGUGCUCAGAUCCCCAUUUUCUUUGUGCGAGCGUGGACACCAUACAGUGCUUUUUGUCUGCGAUUCCAAAAUGAUUGAAACUUUCAGUUAUUUUUCUAGCAAAGAUAACUGAACAGACAGUUUUUUUUUAGAUUUUCCGUGAUGUUUAACCAAUCUUUACUCAAUAAAAGGAUCAGGUAAGAAUUCUUGGUAGAUUUUUGUUUCGAUUCAGCAUAUAAAAGAGAUAUCGACUGCUUUUAUAUUCGAGGCCUGGCUGUUUUAUAUGCUCUCGGGAACUUGCACAUCUUGCACCCAGGCGCGCCUCUGGGUCAUGGCAAGAUGCGCGCAUGUUUCCAUGAGCACAUAAAACAGCCAAGCCUCUCAUAGCAGUCGAUAUUUAUAUUCAUAUAAGUUAUUACAUAAUUCCUUUUCUUUAAAUAAUACUAUUAUUCUUUCUCUCAUAUUUUAUGAACAGUGUAUAUAGUCAAUUAUCCAUCAUCUACUACCUGAUAAUAAUACCUUUAUGGUUAUGCAAUGUAAUACUCAACUCUUUAAUAAUUUAUAUUUAAUAAUUUAUUGUCAACAUUUCAAAGUUUACAUGCUACGAAAUUUGAUUGUGUGUUUUUAUUCUUGUUUACCUCCUCAACUAUUUUACCGAUAUAUAUUACUUUGUUUCCUAUAUUGUUUUAAUGGUCAUGUAUCGUGUUAUAUUUGUUUACUGACAUCAUUUUGUACGGGGGAUACAGCGUUGUACGGGGUGUCAAGCCUUCGGCUGCAUCCCCGGACGUGACUGUUUGGUUAUCACUGAAUGUCUGAAUAAAUAGAAUAUAAUACCAUAGUGCUGGACUCAAGUUA